AUGAUACCUUAUGUUGGUGUGCUGAGGUUGGAAGGAGGUGAUUGCCUUGAGAACUGGCCUGCUCCCGUCUCGAGCUUCAGAAAAGCAUACACUUUGAUUCUAUUUCUUGUACAAUAUGGAAUACCGUUUACUCUUAUGGUCACUUUACAUUCUCUUGCGCUUAGGACCCUCCGCGGACCAUCAAAUUAUAUGAAACCACAAAUAAAUGGAAUUCACAGGGAUAGAGAGAUCGCAAUCAGAGCUCUCUGCUAUGAAUCUUCGUAGGAAGAAAAAGGAGCAAAACAUUCAAGUCACGAAGAUGUUUAUUGUGGCUGUAAUAGUGUUUUCGUUGAGUAUGUUCCCCAACCAAGUCUUAUGGUUAUGGGUGGAUUUCGGAAAUGGAAAAGAUAGCGACUACUUUGCCAUCAUAUCAGCUAUUUGUUGACUGUUUGGACUGUUCACAUACUCAAAUAGUGUCCUCAAUCCAAUUAUCUAUGGCUUUUAUAGCCGUGAGUUUCGUUUCAGGAAGAGUUUGA